AUGCGUCUCCACUGGGUUGACCGAGCAAUUCUUAAUGUUCUGCUAGAUGUAGUCAUAAUGGCAGAUUCUGUGCAACCUUUUGCAGCCCUUAUUCAGUCAGGCCCAUCAAAAGUACAUAUUAUUGAAUGGUUAUAUUUACAUCAUACACCAAAAAACACGGUGACUCCUUUAGUGGACCUCCUUGCUCAGCUUAUCAGCAAGGGGCGCCGUCGAUGCAAAAUCCUCUUUGGUAUCGAUUGCCGCCAAAUUAUUGAGCCUAUGCCCCUGGAACAAUGGGAAACUGUCCUUUCCACUAGCAUGGAUUUGCAGUGCGCGUUAGCAGAUUUUGUCGGCUUGGUGGAUUGCCAUAUCCCCGCCGAUCCUUGCCUGCAAAUGGGUAAACAAUUUUCCCUAUCUUUCUCUUCCAUAUUAUCUCCUGUCCCUUUGGAUGCCCCUACGGUUUUUACUGAUGGAGCCCCCUCCAGGGGGGUGGUUGCAUGGCAACAAAAUGAGGAAUGGCACAGCCUCUAUACUCUCCCACAAAAAUCAGCUCAGCGUUCUGAGUUAGCAGCUGCAGUUAAAGCCCUGCAUCAUUUUUCCUCACAGCCAAUUAAUUUGGUAGUGGACAGUCUUUAUGUCGCAAAUGUUAUAACUCGUUUACAGGGCAGCUAUGUAAGUCCCUUAUUAGAUGACAAUCUAUUGAGCCUUUUUCUGUCCUUACAAUUGCUUCUCUCCAAUCGCUCCCACCCACUAUUUGUGGUACACAUUCGCUCUCACCAACCCUUCCCAGGCUUUCUCACUGAUGGUAAUGCAAAAGCAGACUCUUUGCUUAGGGCUUUGCCUGUCUCCCCCAUUGAAAGUCAUGCUUUCCAUCAUCAGAAUGCAAAAGCCCUUAGCUGCCAAUUCCAAAUUCCGUUGGAAGCGGCUCGUGCAAUUAUCCAACAAUGCCCUCAAUGCUCUAAUCAGAUUGGCCACCCCAGCCCUGGUGUCAAUCCCCGUGGGCUGGAGGCCAACCAAUUGUGGCAAAUGGAUGUGACUCACUUUUCCCCUUUCUCACCUUGGAAAUUUAUACAUGUCUGCAUUGAUACGUUUUCUGGCUUUAUUUGGGCCACCCCUCAAAGGGGAGAACAAGUUAAGCAUGUUUGCAAUCAUCAUGUUCGUACCAUGUCAGUCAUGGGCAAGCCUCACUCUUUAAAAACUGACAAGGCCCCAGCGUACUGUGCAAAAACCUUUGCUCAGUUCUGUGAAACUUGGAAUAUUCACCAUUUAUUUGGCAUCCCUUACAAUUCUCAAGGCCAAGCUAUUGUUGAACGUGCCAACCGCACCCUAAAAACUGCCUUAAUUCGGCAGGAAAAGAAGGCCGGAGUUCCAGCCUCCCUUUCAGAAAAGGAAGGCUGGUUGGCUAGUGUUCUCUUUACUCUCAAUCAUUUGAAUAUCUCCAUACAGGAUCAUCAAUCCUAUACUCGCCUUCAAAAACAUUUUCAGCAAAGAGAGAUACUUCCAGCCCCGCUGGUCCGUUAUAAAAUGUUAUCCUCCACCGAAUGGAGUGAACCAGUAAAACUUAUUACCUGGGGAAAGGGUUACGCUGCAGUUUCUACUCCACAGGGUGCUUGCUGGGUUCCCGCACGCUGCGUCCGCCUCUACCAUGGCAUGGCAUCAGGCCCAAAAUCCAAACCCGAUACCGCGGCUCGACCGCCAACUCCAGAUCGCCCAGGAUGUGGCGUCCAGCCCCCCCAGGACUCGCAAGCGGGGAAAUCGUAA